AUGACCCAACCACCAACAUUAUCAAUUAACCUACCGUUAGGUAAUCUAACAAUACCUGUUCGUAUGUCACCAUCUUAUAUACCAUCAACAAUUAUAUCACCAUCAGUAACUACUACUAUUACUUCAUCAUCAUCAUCAUCUAUUGUACCACCACCACCACCAUAUCAUACAAUAAACUUAAAUACCAUAUCAUGUGAUACCGAUAUUGAUGUUGUUGGAAUUACUGAUGUAGCACGUGAUGUACAUCUUGAUGAUGACGAUGACGAUGAGCAAUAUGAUAAGCCAUUGGAUUUAUCGCUUAAAAAACGUGAAAUGCGUUGUUUACCGUCAUGCUCAUCUGUUCUUAAACCUCAACCUCGACCAAGUGUUAUACGAAAUGGUUAUGGUAUAUUUUAUUCUCUUUUCUUUUUCGUUUUUUAG